AUUAUCAACAACCCUACUUGAAUCCCAUCGCCUAGAAAAAUUAAAACUUGCAGGUGUUGAAAGAUUUGGGAAAUUCACGUUGAAAACAUAUUCUAUAACUUGUUUUAUCUGUGAAGGAGCUAACAUUAGUCAAAAUGGCACAAAUGGACAUGGAAUUGAAGAAGGCCUUCACCGAGAUGCAGAUCAAUAAGCUUGAGACGACGAAAAAGAUCAACAUGAUCGACAUGAAGUGUGACAUGGUUAAGACCGGCAAGCACAAGUACCAGCUUACGGAGAAGGGCACCAGCAAUCUGUCCGACGACACAAGGGUUUACCAGUCAGUGGGACGGAUGUUCCUCCUGACCGAUGUACAAAACAUGAGAGACGACCUCAAAGCCAAGCAGGAGAAGUGCGAUAAGGCGAUAGAGCUGCUCGAGAAGAAGAAGGAAUUCCUGCAGAAGUCUCUUAAAGAUCAGGAGGACGGCCUCCGCGAGUUAGUGCAACAACGAAAAGAGGCCGAUGUUGCUUCUAAAUAGUUUCCUUUCCGGCAUUUAAACCACACACCCACAAGAUAACACAUUGUGCUUAUUUAUUUUCAAUAUAAUUGUCCAAAUCGAAA